AUGGAGAGAAAUCAAAUAGCUGUUGAAAUUCAUGUAAUAGCUCUUCCUUUCCCUGCACAAGGCCAUAUUAACCCAAUGCUACAAUUCUCUAAACGCUUAGCCUCUAAAGGACUCAAGGUAACCCUAGUCACCUUCCUUGAAAAUGAAAAUUUAACAAAAUUACCCAAACACAGCUCAAAUAUUACUAUCGAGUCCAUUUCCGAUAACAAUGCAGUAAUUUCCACGGUAGAAGAAUACUGGAAAAAUUUCAGUUCAAUGGUAGAACAAAAACUUGUAGAAAUGGUUGAAAAACAAAACAAGUUCGGUAAACAUAUGAGAAGUUGUCUUGUUUAUGAUUCAAUUAUACCUUGGGCUUUAGACAUAGCCAAACAGCUUGGUCUCUCUGCAGCUUCAUUUUUUACACAGUCAUGCGCUGUUUCGGCCAUUUAUUACCAUGUUCGUGAAGGGAAGAUAAAUGUUCCAAUAGAGCAGGACUUUGUUUCAUUAGAAGGGAUGCCACAACUUGAGAGCCAUGACCUACCUUCUUCUCGUUACAAUUCGGAGGACCAGCCAAGCUUCAUAAGCUUAAUGACUGGUCAGUUUUCAAAUUUGAAGGAUGUUGAUUGGAUUGUUUUUAGCAGUUUCAAUAGCUUAGAAGAAGAGGUUAUGAACUGGCUGGCAACCCAAUACCCAAUCAAGCUAGUAGGACCAACAAUUCCAUCAAGGUACUUGGAUAAUAGAUUGGAGGAUGAUGAUGAUGAUGAUUAUGGCCUCAGCUUGUUCAAAUCCAAUACCAAAACUUUGAUAGAGUGGCUAGAUUCAAAAGAAACUAGUUCAGUAGUUUACGUAGCGUUUGGAAGCUUGGCUGCCUUGGGGGAAAAGCAAAUGGAAGAAGUAGCAAACGGCUUGAAAAGAAGCGAUUACCAUUUCUUAUGGGUAGUUAGAGAAUCUGAAGAGAAAAAGCUUCCACAGAACUUCGUCGAUGAGACCUCUGAUAGAGGUCUAGUUGUGGGUUGGUGUCCACAGCUAGAAAUUCUAUCUCAUAAGUCUGUAGGAUGCUUCAUUACUCAUUGCGGUUGGAACUCAACGCUUGAGGCGUUAAGCUUGGGAGUACCAAUGGUGGCAAUGCCUCAGUGGGGAGAUCAGCUUACCAAUGCCAAAUUUGUUACUGAUGUGUGGCGAGUAGGAGUUAGGGUAAAAGUGAACGUAGAAGGACUUGUAAGCAAGGAAGAAAUAGAUUGGUGCAUAAGGCAAGUCAUGGAAGGAGAGCCUGCAAAUGAGAUUAGAAAGAAUUCGGAGAAAUGGAAGAAUCUUGCUCGAGUAGCAGUUGGUGAAGGUGGGAGUUCUGAUAUGAAUAUUGAUGAGUUUGUAAAACAACUCCAAUCUUAUUGGAACUAA